AUGAACGUCGUCUUGCCGAGCUACCUGUUCCCGCAAGGUACGCAUAAUUGCACACAGUUUUUUGUUGUUGUCUCAAUUACAAUCUUUUUCAGAGCCCCAAGAUUGCUCGUCCUCCGCGCAGAGCACCGAUUCGACUAUCAUCUCAAAUUCAGGCGUUUCGCACGUCAAUGGAGCCGGUAAUCGAUGAAAUCAAUGCUUUUUAGAUGGAUUUGAAUGUGUUUUAGACGCUCCGCGCGGUCAAGGAGGCGCCAAACAAGCUGUGCAGCCGGCCGACUUUCAGAAGAUCGUCGAGGAGCACGGUAAGAUCGUGCAUUUCAGAAAUGACAACUUUUGUGCGAAAUUUUGCUCCGACUCGUUGUUUCAGCGAUGCUCUUCCGAAAAAUGACAGAGCGAUCCGACGAGAUGCAGGAGAGGAUCACGUUUCUGAAAGAGGGUACGUAGGAAUCCACAAGUACUCGAACACAUGCUUGAAUGUUUUUAGAAGCCAACCGAAAGAGCGCCAUAGCCCACGAGAACGCGAUGAAGGUGUUGGACAAAGAAAAGCGAAAAAGACGCCUCAGCGAUGACGAGGCUGAAAGCGAACUCUUAAAGAAAAGGAAGACGAGCUUGCAUCAAGAAAUGGCGCAGAAAGAGUCUCGUAGUGAGCUUGAGACGAAACAAAUUCAAGCGAUGAUCGGAAAUGAGACGGUCAAACUUGCCAGUAAGUAAUCAGUUUUCGGAUCGAAAAUGCAAUCCUCUGAUACUUCAGGAUUCCAGCAAAUGCUCGGAAUUUUCGCUCCUCCUCCACCUCCACCGGCUCCAAAACAACUCAUUUUCCAGCAGCCGCCCCCGUACUUCCCGCACUUUGCCGCUCCGUUCGCAUACCCACAGGUUAGUCAAGUUACUGUAGAUCUUUUCGAGUUGAACGAUUUUCAGCCUGAACAUCAUCCCAAUCAGUGA